AUGAAAAAGGGCGAUGCUCUAAUAAAUUUGAAGAAAUAUACAUAGGAAGAGGAUUGUCUAUUUUGUUAGAAAUACGGUAGAGUAACAACAGAUAAAAUAAAUUUUGCCCCACUCCUCAAUAGAGUAAGUGAUAAUCAAUAUGGCAUUUAGGCUUUGUACACAAAAUACUCAUAAUCGCAAUGGAAUGGAAGAAAAUACGAGGAUUUAUUUUCGACAAAGCCAAUAUCAUGGGUUAUUAAAUUCAAAGAUAGAUUGACCUUUGAAGAUUAUGAUGAGUUUCUAAAAAGGUAUACACAGAAUAAAUAAUGUUGCUUUAUAGAUUUUACCCUCAAAGUGAUCAACCUAUGAAGUUUGAGUAGUUGUUAGAAUACUACAAGUAUCACAAAGAUAUUCCAAGAAUGUUCAUGCCAAGAGUGUCUGAUUUGGCAAUCUAUUUUUAUGAGAAAAAGAAGUACAUAAUUUGUAGAUUAAACUAUUAGAUAGAUAGAGUAUAGGAAGAUAAAAUUCAUGCUUGGUAUCCCUGUGGAAGAUGCUAGUAAUUGCACAUGUAAUCACAUAAAAAUAAUUAGAAUAUGAAAAGCUCAAAGAAGACAUCAAAGUAUUGAAUAGCAUAACCCAGUAGACUCAAGUGUCAAGUCUUUCAGUGUUAAGAGAGAUCUUAAAGUCUAAAGCUAGUGACGAAAUUAUUGUAAAUAUAUGUCAACUCAUUUAGAAUAUUGAUGCAACAUGGAUGACUAUGACUCAAUAAUAACAAUAGAAAUCUUAGUAUCCACCGAACUUGAAAUUACUUAAAUAACUCAUAUCCAAAAAUACUCAAUUUUAUAAGGACAAAUAAAAUAUCUAUGCUGCAGGAAUAAGUAAAAGGCCCGUCUAAAAGUCUCCUCAACAAAAAGGACAUCUCAAAACUUUAAGUAAAGAUACUUCCCAAAAGUCCUUAGUUUCCUCCAAUAAACUUAUCAAUAGCAGCAAUGGAGACACAGAUUUACAAAAGUUCUUAAAAUAACAGAUUUUAACUGUUAAUCAUGCAAAUCCAUGUUUAUUCAGUUCCAAACAAUCAGGAAAAGCUAAUCACAUAUCGAAUUAUCAAUCUAAACAAAACAGCAUUCAUUAUAUCACUAGCACUAGAAGCAUAUCUUCAGAGCAAUUAAAAUUAAUAUAAUCAUAAUAACCAUUGAAAUAAAGUAAUAGUCCCAAUUUAGUAAUCCCUACUCAUAAGAAAAGUUAGACAUAAACUCACUAUACAGAGAUAAACUCUCCUAAUAAACAUUAGAAGUAACUCUCUAUGAAAAUGCACACAAAUAUGGGAUAGGAUGUCAAAUAAUCAUUAACACAUACCAAAUCUUCUGAAAAACUCUUCAAAAUCUAUACAUCCCAGUCAUCUGUUCCUCUGUCAGCAAAUAUCAACAUCAAUAUCAAUCAACUUAAUAUGAAUAAUUUAAAUAUUAAGACUCCAUUCUAACAAUAUAAGGCCAUGCUUGAAAGUCCAAAGAUCAAUUCAAAACAAAAAACGCAAUCUAAUAUAGAAACACAAAGAAUUACUAGUGCUCAGAAAAGUGCCAGUUCUUAAAAAAAAACUUAAAUCUCAGUAUAAUAGUUAUAUGUCUAAAAAAUUAAACCAAAAAGCAAAACAAUGAAAAAAUGA